GCACCCCCCUUCGCUCUACAGUUGGUUGUGCCGGAGUGACGACGCUGUCAACCAAGGAACAAGAGGCGCCAGGAUCGAACACGAAUUCUACGCAUGUUUCAUCUUCUGAAUGGAGACCUGCGCUCACAUUUUCCAGAUCUCUGGAAUCAAGACCCAUGAAGAGAAGAGGGUUUUGGUCCAGGGAGUCCAGCAGCUGGGAGGGAAAUACAUAGGUGGCUCGGUCUAUCAGGAAGCCAGCACCCAUCUCAUAAUCCCUCAGGUUUUGUCCAGUGAAAAGUUUUUUGCGGCCUGUGCAGCAGGAAAGUGGGUUGUGACUCCAGACUACGUGUUGGAGAGUGUUAAAAAUGGUUCCUGGCUUGUGGAGGGACUCUAUGAGGUGGCCAUUUCUACAGGUGCUCCAACUGUGUUCUACCCUGCCAGACAGUGGAGGGAGAAGGUGGCCAGUGGGAGGCUAACCGGGGCCUUUCAAGGGUGGAAGGUUCUCCUCGUGGUUCAAGAACCCUCCCGCAGAGCCAUGUUCAAACGGCUGCUAACAGCUGGAAAGGCCGAAAUCUACAACAUCCCUCCUCCCGGUGACGUCUCCAUCACUCAUGUCAUAGCUAAACCCAUCACAGAGAACUCAACAUUCUACAAUGCACCUUGUUAUCCUGUGACCCACAUUGUCCAGCACCUUUUUGGGAGCAACUGCAUAGACAUGAAUUUCAACAUAACUGAUGAUCAUCCAGCAGAGAUGAUGAAGGCCGACGUCGUCGUUAUUGACUUCUCUAAGUUGGAGACGGAGCUCAAGGACUAUGUCGUUAAACAGCAGGGCCGCUCGAGACUGAGCUUCCUGGAAUUUCUGGGUUACCGUGACCCUCACUGUCCACAGUCACAGGCGGAAACAGACUUCAGCGAUGUCGGCACGAUGAUAGAAUGCGGUCUCUUCACUGAAGCCUUGGACUCGGUCAGGAGUGCCAUGCUCCCCGGGCUGCUGCCACCGGUGCCGCAUCUCACCGCCCUCUUAGACUAUGCACAGCAGGAAAACGCCACGCCUUUCUUCCAACGGAAUUUCCUGCAGGUCAUGUAUAACCUGCUCCUCACCAACCCUCCCUGGAUGGCUCCCAGCAGAAUGAAAAAAUAUUUCUCCCAGGUGUUGCAGUGUCCUCGGUGUAAGAUGGGCCUUUGGCCGUUCCUGCAGACGGCCGUCAGUUACUGUCUGUCCAGCGAGGUCACAUGUCACCCACUCCCUGCACCUGCGUCGCCAACGCUGAGACGUUUCCAUCAUGACCUCGUGGCAUUUGUCCUCAAGCUCUUCCAGGGGGAGCUGCACUCUAUCACUGCAGGUGAUUUUGUGCAGCCUCAGGGAACCGCGGUUUCUCAGGCCUCAGCGUCAGGGUCUUUGCUCUAUGGAGCCUUUUGGACUGUGUGGGAGCGUUCCACGCUGCUUUCUCAAGCUGUGAAACAACUCACCCAGCUUUUGGUACAUGCUGCCAGUGAGGAGUACGACGAGAGAGCCGAGAAGCAGAGGCUGUGUUUGGCCGACACUCUGCUGGAGCUCCUGUCUGUGCUGGUGGAGUUCUGGUGUCAGCAGAACUUCAAACUGAACCAGAACCUGGUGGAAAAGGGCCUCCAAGACCUAGCAGAGCACUUAACCGUUAUCAGUCAGGAUGUGGCUCCUGCAGUUGUGGUGCAGCUCGUUGUAAGGGUUUCCUCGACCAGACUGAAGGUGGUGAUGGCUGACGCCAUAUUCAGGAGUCUCUGCUGCAGAAGUGGACUCACUCUGGGAGAUGAACCUCUCUCUCUUAAGAAGAUGGUGCUGUCCUACCUGCCCGCUCUGGGACGUUUAGCCCGGAGCCCCAGCGGCGCUCGCAUUAGCACCGGACCCACCUCCCACAGCUGCACCAGCCAGGAGACCGACUGCAGAAGGAAACGACCGCUCAGCUCAGCGACAAGAAGCCAGAGCUCGCUGGCGAAGGAAACAAGUGUGGAGAAGGAGAAUCCCCGAGGUUUCAACAGAGUCAAUGCGCAGGGAGAGACCCUCCUACACAGAGCGUGCAAGAAGAACCAAGUGGAAACUGUGCUUCAGAUCCUGGCGCUUCCUGGCACGGACGUCAACAUUAAGGACUACGCAGGCUGGACGCCGCUGCAUGAAGCGUGUAAUCACGGCAGCACCGCGUGUGUAGAGGCUUUGCUGCGUUACCUCCCCGCACCUGUGCUCCAUCACCAGGUGGGAGGAGUCAGUCCACUUAACGACGCCCUGCGGAACGGACACGUGGACAUAGCUAAACUGCUACUGGAGCACGCAGGCUCAUCUCUCCUCCAGCAGACCGACGGAGACGGACACACCGCGCUGGAUCUGGUCUCCUCGCCAAGUCAGAGGGAGGAGCUUCUUCACUGCGCACAGGUCGGCGACACGGCCGCCGAGGUCUGGAACCUCCCGCUCCUGGAGGCCGGAUCCACUCUGCUGGCCCACUUGAUUUUCUCCUACCAGCAGGAGAGGGGCCUCCCGGGCCGCACGCACAAGCCCUGCGACGGGGCCCGCAGUCUGGGCCACAGGCUGGUCAAAGCCCUGGAGACCCACUCCUACCAAACCGUGACGUCGGGCUGGACGGACCAGCGGGCAGUGAGGCUGACGGAGGACGUAGAGACUCUGUUGGAGCUCAGCAGAGGGAUGUACCUGGGUCAGGUGUCCCAGGCUGUGAGAGAGUGCACAGGACAGAACUCACAGUUCCUCAUGGAGAUUCUGGAGCAUCUGAAGUGUCGGGCGCAGACGCUAGUUGAUGGUUUCUGAUUCCAAACACACACAGUACGCUAACAUCAUGUGAGAUGUCCCUCGUCACAUUUGUACCGCACUAAUAGAAGUCAUGAUCGUUCAUUUCUUUAGUUUGUUUAAACUCUUCUGUACAUUUGUUCACGUUUUGUUUCAACGUUUCAAGAUUAAAUUAUUUUUCCACAUGUUGCUAGGUGUUAUUUAUAGUAA